AUGAUUAAAAAAAUAAACUUAUUUAAAAAGAAAGACUCGGACAAUGAAUUUUUAAGCGUCCUAAGAGAAAAAAAACUUAAGGACAAUCCGAAUAAUAUAAAUGAAAAGGACCUAAUUGAAUGUGGUCCUUCAUCUGGAGGGAAAAAUGACUGUGAAAUUGAUGAAAACAGCAGUUCCGACAAGGAAAACUCGGAUAAUAACUUUACCUCGCUCGGAGUUGACACUUUCGUAUUAAUCAAAAUACCCAUUCAAAAUUCAUCAAAUUAUAAAUAUUAUGCUGCUAAGAUCAUACACAGAAAUAAUGAUGAUGGUGAAGCUUCUCCCUAUUAUACAGUUAGAUUUUUAAGAAAGAAAGGCGAGAAAGACACCUACUUUUAUUUUCCAGCUGUCCCAGAUGAAAGUGUUGUCGAAAAAUUUGAUAUUUUACAAAUUUUGAAGCCAGUGCCUAUGCGUAGAGAAAGAUAUAAAUUCUCUAAUAUGCCAAAGAAGUCUGUAGAAUAA